UUGAGACGCGUCUUUGUGUUUCUCUGGAAAGAAAUCUCCCGGUAAAACAAGUUCACGGUGUCUUUUCUAAACUACACAGCCGAGUCUCUGCACGCUGACAUGUCUGCUGACGGCACUUCGCUCUGUGAAAACCAGUUUCUGUGCUCCAUCUGUCUGGAUGUGUUCACUGAUCCAGUCAGUACACCAUGUGGACACAACUUCUGUAAAGAAUGCAUCACUAAACACUGGGAUAUUAAUGUGCCUUACAAGUGUCCCAACUGUAAAAUGAUGUUCUACACCAGACCUGAGCUGCAGGUGAAUACUUUUGUCUCUGAGAUGGUUGCUCACUUUAGACAGUCGGCUCAAAAGAAAGCCAGCAGCAGCAGCUCAAAGCAACAAGUUGCCCAACCAGGAGACGUUCCCUGUGACGUCUGCACUGGAACCAAACUGAAGGCCCUGAAGUCCUGCCUGGUGUGUCUGGUCUCCUACUGUGAGACUCACCUGGAGCCUCACCUGACAACGCCAGGCCUGAAAAGACAUCAGCUGAUCGACCCUGUGGAGGAUCUAAAAGGCAGGAUGUGUACGAAGCACGAUAAACCUCUGGAGCUGUUCUGUGAGACCGACCAGAUGUGUGUCUGCAUGCUCUGCACUGUUCUAGACCACAAGUCACAUGAUGUUGUUCCUCUGAAAGAAGAAUACCAAAGACAGAAGGUCGAGGUUGAGAAGACAGAAGCUGAAAUUCAGCAGACGAUCCAGGAAAGACGACUUAAGAUUCAAGAGUUCAAACGUUCAGUCAAGGUCAGCAGGGAAAAUGCAAAGAGAGAGAUAGAAGACAGAAACUCUCUCUUCAUCAAGCUGAAGGAGGCUAUUCAGAGAAACCAGGACAAAGUCAUCAAGACGAUUGAAGAGGACCACAGAGCGACAGCGAAACGGGCUGAAGGCUUCAUCAAAGAGCUGAACCAGGAAAUCUCUGAGCUGAAGAAGAGGAGUGCUGAGCUGAAGCAGCUCUCACACUCAGGAGACCACCUUUACCUCCUCGAGAACUUCAAGUCCCCGAAUGCUGCUCCACCCACAAAGAACUGGACAGAAGUCAGAGUCGGUCCAGCUUCAUAUGAGGGGAACAGCAGAACUUUGGCUCAGUUGCUGGAGAUGCUCAAAAAUGAGACGAAUAAGCUGCUCACAGAGUUUGAGCUGAAGACCGUCCAGCAGUUUGCAGUGGACGUCACUCUGGAUCCUGAUACAGCAAAUCCCUGGCUCAUCCUGUCUGAAGAUGGGAAACAAGUUCAUCACGGUCUUGUAGAGAAGAAUCUACCAGAUAACCCAAAGAAAUUUUCUACUUGUAUCUGUGUCUUAGGGAAGCAGUCUGUUUCUACAGGAAGAUUUUACUUUGAGGUUCAGGUUAAAGGGAAGACUGAUUGGGUUUUAGGAGUAGCAGGAGAGUCAGCCAAUAGGAAGGGGCGAUUCCAUUUGAGCUCUAAGAAUGGUUACUGGACACUAUGGUGUAAUAAUGAAAAAGUCUUCAGUUCUCUUACUGAGACCCUUGUCUCUGUCUCUGUGGAGUCUCAGCCUGAGAAGGUUGGGGUGUUUGUAGAUUAUGAGGAGGGUCUGGUCUCCUUUUAUGACGUUGAUGCAGCGAGUCUUAUCUACGCCUAUACUGGCUGCUCCUUCACUGACAAACUCCUCCCUCUCUUCUCUCCCUAUAACAAUCAGGGUGGUAAAAACUCUGCCCCUCUCAUCAUCUGUCCUGUUAACCAUGCUGAGUAG